UCCUCAGGAACUGUCGACCUGGCUCCGCCCUAUUCUCCGCCAGCCGGGCGCUGCCUUCUCAGCCUGGAGCAAGAGGGAUGGCCCCCAGGCCCUCAGUGUCACCCACCUCCCAGGAAACAGUGACCUUCAAGGACGUGGCCGUGGACUUCACCCGGGAGGAGUGGGGGCAGCUCACCCCUUCUCAGAAGGAGCUGUACCAGGAGGUGAUGCUGGAGAACUACAGGAACCUCACCUGCCUGGGCCUGGCCGUUUCCAAGCCAGACGUGAUCUGCCAGCUGGAGAGCGGGGAGGCCCCUUGGAUGCCAGAGGGAGAUGCCCCCCAGAGCAGCUGUGCAGGUGAGAGAAUUCAUACUGGAGAGAAACCCCAUAAAUGUCAUGAAUAUGGAAAGGCUUUGCUGAAAGACUCACAACUUAUUGCACAUCAUAGAAUAUACACUGGAGAGAAACCUUACAAAUGUAAUGAAUGUAGGAAAGCCUUCAGCCAGAGGUCAUACCUUGUUGUACAUCAGAGAAUUCACACUGGAGAGAAACCUCAUGAAUGUAAAGAAUGUGGGAAGGCCUUCAGAUGGGGCACAGGACUUAUUAGACAUCAGACUACUCAUACUGGAGAGAGACCCUAUAAAUGUAAUGAAUGUGGGAAGGCUUUCAGCCAGAGCUCACAACGUACUCGACAUCAGCGAAUUCAUACUGGAGAGAAACCUUAUGAAUGUAUUAACUGUGGGAAGGCCUUUAUUCAGAGAUCACAACUUACUCAGCAUCAGAGAAUUCAUACUGGAGAGAAACCUUAUGAAUGUAAUGAAUGUGGAAAGGCCUUCAGCCAGAGGUUCAAACUUAUUGUACAUCAGAAAAUUCAUACUGGAGAAAAAACUUAUGAAUGCAGUGAAUGUGGGAAGGCUUUUAGUUGGCGUUCACAACUUACUCAGCAUCAGAGAAUUCAUACUGGGGAGAAACCUUAUAAAUGUAAUGACUGUGGGAAGGCCUUCAGUGUGAGCACAGGUCUUAUAGUACAUCAGAGAAUUCAUACUGGAGAGAAACCCUAUAAAUGUAAUGACUGUGGGAAGACCUUCCGUCAGAGCUCACAACUUAUUGUUCAUCAGAGAAUUCAUACUGGAGAGAAACCUUAUGAAUGCAAUGCAUGUGGAAAGGCCUUCAGACGGAGCUCAGAACUUAUUCUACACGAGAGAAUUCAUACUGGAGAAAAACCAUAUGAAUGUAAUGAAUGUGGGAAGGCCUUCAGACAGAGACCUGGACUUAUUGAACAUCAGAGAAUUCACACUGGUGAGAAACCUUAUGAAUGUAAUAAGUGUGGGAAAGCCUUCAGUCAGAAGUCAAAACUUAGUCUUCAUCAGAGAAUUCAUACUGGGGAAAAAUCUUAUGAAUGUAAUGACUGUGGGGAGGUCUUCAGUCAGAGUACAAAAUUUGCUGUUCACCAGAUGAUUCACAAAAUCAUAGAAUCACAGAAUCAACAAAGUUAAGAGUUG